UUAUGGUGUAGUUUCAUACGAGUCAAGUUUUUGGCGCCGUUGUCGGGGACCUUACGAUUCGUUAUCCAGAAAAUGUCGCUUAGUAUUACUCUAGCAUUUUCUAUCUUGCCUUUUUAUUUGUGUUUUUAUGUUUUGUGUUGUGUUUUGUUUACCCACUCUUCGUCUUCAAGGGUGGUUUGUGUUUAUUUGAUUUUGUUUUUGUUUGUGUAGGUUAUGAAUCAUGGAUCCCAAUGGCUUCUACAAUAGGUGGGGGUAUCCGCAACCACAUGAAUGGGGUACCCCGGAGCUUCAUGGAAUGAACAAGAAGGGGGAAGCCAAGGAUCCGAGUUCUAUUAUUAACCCCCUUUCAAGAAGAACAACCAUACCAUUGGGGGUAUGAAGAGGCUUCCCCAUAUCAAGAAGGCUUAUGACACGCUUCUACCGUCACACUAGAAAGUGGCCAAGUGUAACCACCUACUAAUGCGUAGUAUAGCAGGUUUAGUUCUAAUUGUCAACCCAGGUCCUAGGUGUGAUGACUACUCCGUGAAAGUCUUGUUAUCUAGCGGUUCAAGUGUAGUGAAGGUUCAAUUAAACUAGCAAGCAAAGUAGUGAAGGUUGUGUUCAAGUUGAGAGAGGUCACCCGGAUAUGGUUCCCCUUAGACUGCAGUUAAGCCAGGUUGUAAUUUACCAAGUUCAAGUUCAAUGAUAGUUAUACUGCGGGAGGUUCUUAAAUAGUCUGCAGUCUCGACUAAAGGUCUCCAGACCCUCUUAAUCUGAGUCCCCAGCGGGCGACUAACCUCCACCGGAGUAAACAGAUUGAGGCCGUAACGAACCAAACUUCCUCUACCAAAGUAAAUCCGGUACAGAAUAGUGAAUUGACUCCUCGAUUAAAGUCGUCAAUUCACUACCUUCAAUCAAGGGUGAUCUAUCAACCUAGGCAUAUAUUCUCUUUCUAGGUCAAAGCAGAAAUAACAGGAAUUUGAUCAGGAUUCAUGCCAUCCAAAAAAUCAAGCCUCAGUUGAAUAAAAUCAUAUCACUAAAUUUGUACAUGGGUUCAUACAAUCAGACCUAACAUACAAAUCUAGGGUUCUUCAUACUCAGGUGAAUGAGAAAGUUACCCAUAGAGAGAGACGGGAAAUCUAGCUCAGAUGCGGAAACCAUACUGUGAAGGAUGGGAUUCUGCUUCUCGAAAUCAAUCAGCACUUCUCCAAGCUCAAGCCGGGCUCCAAUGGUGAUGAAGAUCGAUCUAGGACACUUGGAGAAUUAGGUUCGUCACUUUCUCUCUCUAGGUAUACACUUUGUCUCUCUAAAACUCGGAACCCUUCAAAAAUCAGCCUUCUUUCCCUUAAGAACCAGCAGGCCGCGAUCCCCGGUCAUAAUACCUAGUCGGGUAUUUCAGGUUCCUGGCCAAGUAUUUUUAAACGUUGUGCAGUGGGGAAAAGGGAAAUACCCGAUCAAGGGUCAGAAUACCCGAUCAGGUAUUUUAGCCAUCCGGCCGGGACCCUUCCUGGAUCUCUGGCGUCCAAAACGUGAAAUCGCCGUCCUCUCUUUGCAGAUUACCCAUCCGGGUAUUUUAACUCCUGGCCGGGUAUUUUACUCUUCUAGCACCCUUCUACUCCAACGUCCUCCUUUUGACCCGAAACUCGUUUCCUCGCCUUCACGUUAACGUCAGGUCCUGAAAUAUGACAUAAACACAUAACCUAGCGUGGAAUCUGCUUAAAACACGAGAAUCGACUCUCAAACGGCUCAAGAAUGGAGGUAUAAACAUGUGUAAUUAUUGGUCUAUCAGUUUCCCUCCCCAACCCGAGGAGAAAUCCAAGUUGGAGUUGGCAAUGGAAGCUUUCAUGGGACAAUCAUCGAGACCAUGUGCCACUCCACAACCGGAGCCAAAGAGCAAAUUAGAGCUCAUGGUGGAGCGAUUCGCCCGGGGCACCAAUGAAGGGUGCUCUAGCAAGGACCUCCCAAUCGCCAACCCUAUCGACUCAACCUUUCUUCCGGAGGCGGAGGAGCUUCGUCGAUGCACAGAGAGACUAGGAGGGCUUGUAGAGCAAACAUGUGCACAACUUGCUCACAAUCGCCUCCCACCAUUGGAAGAAAGAGAGGAAGUCGAAGAGGCAAGCCAUGAGGAUUUUGGAAGAACGAGCCCAGACAUGGAUUUCCAUCCCCUCCCUCCUCCCGGUUUGACACUAGAAGAGAAAGUGGCACGAGCUUGUGAAAGCUAUUGCCUCUCAUUAUUGGAGGAGAAAGAGGAGGUUGAAAGAGCUCUCAAUGACAACCGUGUGGAGCAAGAAGAACUCACCCCGGAGAGCUCCUGUGGUGAGGAUGAACAAGAAGGUUACAUUGAGGACUCCCAUCUCUUUCCCCUUCGCGAAAGCAACUUUGAAUACCAAGACACGAGUGAGGAGGAGCAAGAGAAUCCCUUCUAUGACCUUGUAUUGCAUCCUGCCCUUAAAUUUGUGCUUGAAGACAUGAAUGGGAAUGAGGCAUAAGAGGUCAGAAGAGGUGGAAGAGGAGGAAGAAAACAUUGAAUAGGGGGAAGAUCUCAAGUGUUCCCAAGGGGAGGAAAUUGAAGAGGAAGGAAGGGAGGUUGAAGAAGCAGUAGAUGGAGCAAGUGAGGUCCAAGAUGAAGACGAGGUCGUGGUGGAUGAAGCUUCAACAAGUUACAAGUGCAAACAAAGCUUUCCACCUGACCUCGAUGCGCUUUUGGAGAAGGACCCAUUUGCUACUCUUUGCCAAGCCAAGGCCGAACCAUCGUUGAUCCCUCUUAGUUGAUGCGAUGGAAACUAAUCGAGUUUGCACUACAUGGUAUGGGGCAAAGAGAAGAAGGAAAGAAGAAGAGGUCUCAUGGGUGGAGCCUCAACACCACUCAAGUUCACAGGCCCUCAAUCAUGGACUCGUCCAAUGCUCGUGACUUGAGACAUGAGGAGCAACCGUCCGGCUCAUGACGUUAAAGAAACGCUUGGUAGGAGGCAACCCAUCUACCAUCGGUUUGUUUGCUUUCCGCUCCAAUAAGAAGACCAUUGAAGAGGUUUUUGUGGUGUUUUGGACGUGACAACGCUCUUCCGGACCUCAACCGCCCUCCACUCCCAAUUACAAACUUUCACAACUUGACCGGUAACAUCGUUCUAUCCCCUUCUUUUAUGCCAUUGAGGGCAAUGUCGAGCUUAAGUGUGUGUGUAUGUGGGGGGGGGGGGGUAGUCCAUUAUGCAUGUGUGUGUGAAUGUUUGGUGUGGUUUUGAAUGCUUGGAGCCUUGAUGUAUGCCCAAAUUUGAAAAAUUUGAGGGCUCCAAGCAUAACAACUUCUACAUUUGCAUGAUAAUUGUGAUUUGUUUUGAAUCUCGUGGUUAUUAGCAUGGCCUAUGGAUGAUUUGAUUGUGAUUGUGUGCAUCCUAUGAUGACGACUGAGACUUGUAUUAGGUGUGUGCAUUGGUUCAUUUCUCAUGUCUUUGUGAAAUGAUAGAUGUGUUGAAACGAUUACUCGCUUUUCACAGUUGCCUAUGCAUCGAGUUUAGGGAGUGAGAGCGAAUGAUUGAGCACCUAGGUAGCCAUGUAAGACUUUUGCCGUUCGUUUCGUUCUUGUGCGAUAGUUCCCCCUUUACAUUGUUUUUGUCCAUAGGUCGGUGUCAAAUAACCAUUGUGAUUCAUUCGUUUUGUGCCCUAUGAUAUGCCUCAAAAAUUUGUGUUGAAAAAGAAGUUGUAAGCUUACCUUGUUUUAUACUUGGUUUUCUUGGGGACAAGCAAACGUCCAAGUGUGGGGGAGUGAUUCGGGCUCAAAUGUACAUAUUUUACCCCUCAUUUCUUAUUCGUUUAGCUUAGUAUUUCAUCGUUACUCGACAUAUUUCACGCUAGGUUGUGCUUGUUUUGAUACAUUUCAGGUCCAAGCACAUGUGAAAGGGUCGAGGUCGAAUUUUGGGAUAAUUGGAGGUCAAAAAGCGCAAAAACUGAAGAAAAGUCCGAAGUGAAGGCAUCCUAGUAAGGCAUCCCUGGAAACAGCCGCAGUUCACGAUCGGACAAGGCAGGGCAUGGUCUUCUAAGACCGUGAAGAGGAGGCAAGGGCCGUGAACAUCAAGGCGUCCAGGGCCAAAUCCGAAGUUACUGACGCCAGGCGAGUUCAGGGUCUCUAAGAUUGUGAACUGGGGCCAUUGACCGUGAACCCAGGAGAGUGAAGCGGCACGUUUUGGACGACACUGAGUUCACAGACGCGUUUGGGUGUUCACGCCCGUGAACUGGCCAACGCGUCUGUGAACUGAUCACUUUCGGGCAAAUAUGAAGACAACAGCGGGGAGAGAGAAAUGAGAGCUGGUUUUUGGGGAGAAGAAACACUUUCUUUCACUAGGGUUUCAACCUAAACACCAAGGGGGAGUUCUAGUGAGAGAGAGAGAGAGAGAGAGAGAGAGAGAGAGAGAGAGAGAGCUAGAGUGAUCUUGGAGCAUCAUUGGAGGCUUGGGUGGAAGAUUCAAGCCUACAAGAAGAAGAAGAUCUUGAGCUCAAAUUUGUAAUCCCUCUCUCUAUAGAAACUCACUCUUUUCCCUUGGGUGUCCCUAACUAAUACUUUGUAAUUACUUGUUUAGAUUGAAAGAUUGUCAUUGGGUAGUGUUUAAUUCAAGGAUUGAGGCAUUAUUCAUGUCGAUUGUGCGUGCUCGCGCUUAGCAAUCUAAGGGUUGUACAUGUUUGGUACUUACCAUCCUUAUGUUUGUGCAUUGUGGUGCUUAGCAACCUAAGGAUUGUGCAUAAUUGUGCUUACUGCUUAGCAUCUUUAGGUUUGUGCAUGUUGGUGCUAACAAUCUAAUUAGCCACUUUAACCUAUGUUAAUUUAGGGCAAACAUCAAUGUUGAAUUAAGCAAAUUGGUUAAGUGUGAUUAAGCCGUCCAACCUUGAGUUGAGUGAGGGAGUAAGUCAACUACCAAUUGUCUAAACUGAGAGGGUCGAGUGACACGGCCUUUCAUGCUUACCUCGGUUUAGAAAUUGAGAUUGUGGUCUCCGACCACAUAUGCAUCCCUCUGCGGUACGCGGUUACCAGUUUACAUCUAGGUUGGUUGUGAUUAAGCCGCUCAAACUCUGGUUUGAGGGAGAGACCUAGGCAAACACUAGAGCCUAAGUGAAAGGAUCGAUCUCGUGACAAAUCAAUCUCUAGCAAAUUCAUCUCGUGACAAAUGGAUCGCUAGUUGAUCCUCCUAGCGGUUCCCCUAGACUUGGUGAGUGGAUCGAUCUCGUGAUAAAUCGAUCGCUAGUGAAUUGAUGCCGUGACAGAUUGAUCACUAGUUGCUCACCCCCGAGGUUCAUAACCAGCCAUGCCUCACGACUUAAUUCAAUCGAACGAGUCUUGGUAGCUAGUUAGGGGGAAUCAAUUCCUGGGUGAAGCUCCCUUAGUUAGAGUUUUCCUUUAUUUACUUUUUCUUGCUUGUUUGGUUUGUAGUUUUCUUAGUUUGAAAAUCCAAAAUCGUUUUGCUAGAUAACAACCUAAGCGAUUGAAGUAGGGGUACAUGGAUCGGCUCGGGCUGACAAUUUAAAUACUUGCUCUAUACUGCACCCGACUAGAGUUUAAAAACUUGGGCUCUAGUCGGGAUUAAUUUAUGGUGUAGUUUCAUGCGAGUCACUGACUAAGUAGAGCGUAAAAGUCCACAAUGAUCCAAAACCAAUCACGGUGAGAUAGAACUUCCCAUAUUUCCUGGAUACUUGGGGUGGGCAUCCGGUUCAGGUUUUCAUUUUCGAACCGACCCGAACCCGAACCGACCGAAAAUGAGUUCAGUGCUAUUCGGAUAGGAAUUCGGAAGGGUAAACCUGCUAAUUCGGAAUACAGGGUCUUGCCGACCGAACCGGAAUUUCGAAUUCCGAACCGAAACCCGAACAUAUAGAUUCAGCCCACUCCCUUUGGCCCAAACCAAUCCUCCUGGUCCCUUACAUCCCACCCUAAUAAUCUCUGGACCCUCACAAACUAGCCCAAUCCACAUAUGGGGCUUAAUAAACACUCCCCACUUGCUAACCCUAACUCCCCUAGCCCACCCCCUGCUUUCUUCUCCCCCCCCCCCCCCCCCCCCCCCCCCCCCCCUGCGCAGCCACCACCCCCACUCCCCAACAGUCCUUCCACUUCUGCUUUCUCUGUCAUUUCGACACAACACCCUCUCCUAUCUCUCGUCCUCGCCGACUCUCAUCUCUCGUCGCGCCUCUCCCAUCUCCCGCCCUCGCCAACUCUCAUCUCUCAUCGUUGCAUAAUUUGUGUCGGCUGCUGCAACAAGUACACAGGCAAAGAAAAGUGGCCGGGGGCGGAGGAGUCCAGCCAGGCGGAGAGCGAAGGAGGACGAAGUCCAGUCGGCCGGAGACCGGUAUGCUGCUGUUCGGUUUGCCCAUUGGGAGUAAUAGGGGUACCGGGGUAUGCUGCUGUUCGGUUCGGGUUGAACCGAACCGAUGCCCACCCCUACUGGAUACCGAGUAACCUAGUCACUAAUCACUAUCCACAAAUAUCUUAUCUAUCCUCCUUGCAAUAGGUUUGUUCUUCUAUUUGUUAAUAUAGUAAAACAAGCCCUAUCUAUCGAUGCUAAAUCAACUGCACAUCCUCUAGCUAUUCUUAAAAAUAAUGGACACUUGAACCUGGAAGAGGGAAUUGGAUGCCUCUGUUGGGAAAGUUAUUAUUGCAUUAAAAGUCAAUAAGGAAUAUCCAAGCCAAGGCCUUCCUACUACUCUCUUCAUCUGCACCAUUUACCAUUGUUACUAGACAAGAUACCCUACCAUUGCUAAAUUUCCAAGAACUUCGAAUCAAAAAAUGAUCCUUUAAAAAUUGUGUCACAUUAGUUUGAUGCACCCUGGUUAAUUUCAAGAAUAGCUACCAAGUCUAUAUUAUGUUACACAAGAGCUUACUAAUAUACUUGUUAAACCCCCUUAUAUCCCAUGACUAUCAUAAUUUUUUGGAGUUCGGCCUGCCACUCUUACCUAUUUUCUUUUUUCGUAAAAGGGGCACUCCGAAUAGUACAAGGACACUCCGAAUCAAUUCCAACUCCACGUAGCACUGCGCAAAACCUAGUUGCCCGCCAACCUUGGUUGUUGAUUGCUCCAUUCCAUACAUAAUGGUUUUCCAAUUGCAUUGAAAAUCCUGUUGAGACGUUAAGGCAGUAGGCAUUCUAUCGGUGAACAAAAAAUCUUGAACCAA